GUGGCUGCAUGCUCACUUCAACGGAGCGACCCGGCAGCUGCUCCAAGCAUGUCAGUGUCUUAUAAAGGGACAAUUAUGGCCUUCCCGGCCGUAAUGCUCCCACCUUGUCUUCCUUUCCCGCACCCAUCCGCCUACCCCUGAGACAACCACCGGCACUGGCCAUCAGUUGAACAUGUCCAACGACCCGAAGCUCCGCGUCCUGGUCGUCGGCGCCUCCAUCGCCGGUCCGGCCGCGGCAUACUGGCUCGCCAAGGCCGGGGCGCGCGUGACGGUCAUCGAACGCUUCCCGCAGCUGCGCACCAACGGCCAGAACGUCGACAUCCGCGGCGUCGGCGUGACCGUCAUGCGCAAGAUGCCCGGCAUGGAGGCGGCCGUGCGCGCCAAGCGGCCGCCCAUCCACGGCCUCAGCUUCGUCGACGCCCGCGGCCGCGCCUUCGCCACCAUCAAGCCGACCGGCAACCCGGACCAGCAGUCGCUCGUGUCCGAGUACGAGAUCCUGCGCGGCGACCUGUCGCAGAUCCUGUUCGACCUGACCAAGGCGAACGACAACAUCACCUACGUCUUCGGCGAGCAGAUCGCCUCCAUCGAGCAGCCGGCGCCCGACACCACCAGCGGGCCGGUCACGGUGACCUUCGCCAACGGCCGCCUGCCGCCGUCGCCCUUCGACCUGAUCGUCGCCUGCGACGGCUCCACCUCGCGCACGCGCGCCCUCGCCUUCGGCUGCUCCGCGCGCGAGCACAUGCAUCCGACGAACUGGUGGGCCGCCUACUUCUCGCUACCAACCGCCCUGCUCCCCGCCGACGCCGUCGCCGGCUCCGACCCCAACCUCGCCCGCGCCUACAACGCACCCGGCGGCCGCCUGGUCUGCAUCGGCCCGGACGCCGACCCACGCACCACGCGCGCCACAAUUAUCGGCGUCCGCCCGCGCAGCCGCAACCUGCCAGCCGAAAUCCUCGCCUUCCGCGCCGCCGCCGCGCAGGACCAUUCCUCCUCCACCUCCUCCUCCCCAGACCCAUCCUCACCCCCAGACUCCGCCAUAAAAUCCUUCAUCACGCACCACCUCACCCAUCCAACCCGCACCCCAACGUGGCCCCGGGGCGUGAUAACAGCCCUGCUCGCGGCCCUGCCCGCAUCGCCCGACUUCCACGCGACCGAGCUGAGCCAGGUCCGCCCGCCGCGCCUGUGGACCUCCUCCUCCUCCCAUCACGCCGCGCGCGUCGCGCUGGUCGGCGACGCGGGCUACGCGUCCGGCGCGUCGGGCGCGGGCGCCAGUCUCGCGCUCGCCGGCGCGUACGUGCUUGCUGGCGAGAUCUGCAGGGCGCUGCGCUUGCGUCGGCUGCAUCCACGGCAACAACGACGUGCUGCCCGGGAUAGCAGCGGGUUGGGGCUGGGUAAGGUUGCGGAUGGUGAGAGCGGGGUGGAGGAGGGGGUGCUGGGCUGGGACGGCACCGGAGCAUUGCUGGACGCGGCGCUGGAGCGGUACGAGGCGGUGAUGAUGCCGCUGGUGGCCGAGAUGCGGCGGACGCCGGGGUUUGUGGGCGCCGUGCUGGCGCCGCAGAGCGCGUGGGGGCUGUGGCUGCGGAAUUGGGCGUUGUGGGCGGUGUGCAGGACCGGUGUGUCAGAGGCGGUGCAGCGGUUUGCGGCGGGGGCGUUUGCCAAGCGGGAGGAGGCCGCGUUGCCUGAGUAUGAGUGGGUGGAGUAGGGGGGUGAGGGGGGGAAUGUGCGCCAGGCGUUGUAUGAUGUGUAUCGAGGAGGGAAGGCGACGUUGUAUGAUAAUUUGUCGAGAAGGGAGGUGGACAUGAAAGACGUGGGCAUUGUACAACGCGUUCAUGAUAUCAUAAACCCAGCUCCUAUCUUGCUAAUAGUCGUCGAGCUCAACUGUAAGUUCAUCAGA